AUGGCCCGCUGUCCCAUCGAAAUCUUUACCGAGAUCUUCCAAUGCGUUAUCCGUCUUUCGGACCCACCGGACCCCUACCAUAAACCGUCCACCGAAUGGCUGCGUCUCCUGCUCGUGUCCAGAGCAUGGCGGGACACCAUCCUCAAAACGAAGUCGCUCUGGAGCACGAUCCAGGUGCAUGGAGAAAACGGCGAGAGGUGGCUCAAGCUAUCCCUGGAUCGUGCCCGCAGUGCUGCCAUCAGCAUCAGCAUCGACUUCGAGAACAUCCCGUAUCUGGGCCUGACACCCCUUCUCGAACACGCUUCCGACAUCCGGUCGGUCAGAUUG